AAUGAUCAUGAUGAUGGAGGUUGAUAUAAACCAGUAGGUCGGCUAGUAGACUACGUGUCAUAGCAGAAUGUCCUGUGCAUCGACCAUGGAUUGCGUUUGAAGCUGAACGUCCUCCUGGACGGGGAGCUUGUAAAAAAAUGAGUUCCUUCGAUGGUGUGGUUCGCGAGUAUGGCGGUGUUAUCAUCGACCAGUUUUGUUCGACGAACUGCAGGCGAGGCAGAGCGUUUUUCCUCAGCCAUUGCCACAAAGAUCACAUGACCAACUUGUCGUCGACGGAGCUGAGCAGCACACUGCGUUCUGGCGGUGGUGCUCAGGGCCUGUAUUGCUCCAGGACCACGCGGGACCUGCUGCAGGCCGAUCCUGACUUUGAACAUCUGCGUGGCUACCUGGUCGGCCUGCCCGUGGACGAGCCCAUUCCAAUGAACUAUAUCUACACUGAUGGCAGCGAUGAGAAUGGCAAGCCGGGCGAGAUUGAGUUCACAGUCACCCUGAUCCCUGCCGGCCAUUGCCCUGGCUCAACAAUGUUCUUGUUUGAGGGCACGCAUGGCAAUGUGCUGUACACAGGUGAUUUUCGACUGGCUGUGGGCGAUUCAGCACGGCUGUCUGCACUGCAGACCUGCUCCGGCUCUGCCAAGGACUUUGCCGCGGUGUACCUAGACACUACGUUCUGUCACCCGGCUGUACCUCGGCUACCGUGCCGCUCGCUGACCAGGGCCGUGGUGCUGUCGGCAGUGGAGCGAUGGCUUGCGCAGGGCGAGAGUCAUUACGUGGUGGUGCGCGCUCCGACGUUUGGCUACGAGCACGUAUGGGUGGCGCUGCACGAGCGUUUUGGCAUGCCGAUACACGUCAGCGACCGUGUGCUGGGCUACUACACCAAGUCCCUGUCGGAAGUAGCGCAGUGCCUGACCAGCGAUGCCAGUGUGACUCGUUUGCACUCGUGCCGAUGGGACUCAAGCAUCACGACAUCGUACCGCUCUCACCUUCCCUGCGGCCAUGUACCGAGCUGCGGUGCUGGCAAACCGAGCAUCAUGCACGUCAAGAUGUCCGUCAUGAGCUUUGUGCGCGGUAACUGCAUUCCCGAGUCCGGCGUUGUAGAGCACGCGCACGGCAUUCACGCUGUGCACUCCAUGCACGCGUCCUAUGACGAAGCGAGAGACCUUGUGACGUUUCUCUCGCCAAGGCGAGUGCAAGCGUGCGUACACCCCGCCGGCCCUAAAUCCUCUCACGGCAGCACAAUGCGCGAUGCGGAGAAUUUCUUCAAGGACCUGCUGCACGACAACGGGGAGAGAAGCCCGGUUAAGGAUGCCGAAGAACUCGUAAUCUCGACAGCUUGUUUGAAACGCCAAGCGUCCUGGCCCAGCAGUAAGCCCCUCGCCGCAACGGACAACUGCCCACGACCCAUUGAUCCAGGCCCGGAAGGCAGUACCACGCAGAGCACGACAGCAGAAGCGGUGUCAGUGCUGAGUCGCCUGAGCGAGGGCGGUGACGAUGACGAUGAGCGGGCUCUUCCGCUGCCGCCGAAACGUCGUCGCCGGGGUUAGGGGGCUCAGUGCUGGUUCCUGGAAGCUAUGGUGAGCCACGCAUGCACUGUUAGGGGUUCAGUGCUGCUUCCAGUAGCCUAUGGCGAGCCAUGCAUGCACUGUUAGGGGUUCAGUGCUGCUUCCAGUAGCCUAUGGCGAGCCAUGCAUGCACUGUUCUACUGUAUACUGUGUGUACUAUCCACUAUCCAGGCAUAUGUACUUACAUUGCUAAAUUGCUUUCUGCCACAUGUCCUGUUACACGGACGCAUUGAUGACAAUCGAAGCCGGUACAGUAUUAACCUUCAUAGGAUUCCGAUUAUAUAUCAACAUUUAGAGACACGAUCAACUUGAGCUGACACGUAUUUAUGACGUCGAAAUGAUGACCGUUUUAGAAUAGUAUUUUCUUGGAACUAGUAGCAGAUGUACCGAUACAAGUACGUACAAUAUGUCACAUGGCAGUUGAUAUUUCUGCUGGAUUUUCACGUACGUGUGCGUGUGUGUGUGUGUGUGGGUGUUUCACAUGGUUUGUACAAUAUUUGAUAAAUAGGGAGUCGAACUAGAUUUUUAAACAUAGGUGCUGCUUUAUAGGAUAUGCAUUCAUACUAGCGAGCAUUGAAGUUGGUAUCGGAGAACACGUUCAUAUCUCUAGCAAUUUUUAUAAUUUGAAUAAAGUAAGUACAGUUA